GAGCGUCGACUGGUGAGGAUGUGAUAUCAGUGGACCUCUCUACUUGGUCCUCAGGAGCGACACCACUCAAGACGCGCUCGAAAAGUGUGCCCGAUCAGAUGUGUCAGUCAACCACCUCAAGUGAACGAGAGGAGGGUGGUGACCUUAACGACACUCGGCUCGACCCAUACCAGACUGUGUGUGUGUGUGGUGGUAGGAGAGACAGGCUAGGUCACCACCCCAAGCAAGAGAUGUGGUUAUGGUGGUGUGUGUUAUUGACUUUGCUGAGUCUGACACACGCUACACACCUCACACACUUCCUUACCAAUAAAACGACUUUAAAACUCAACGAAACGAAGAGAUUUGACAUCACUUUAAACAGCACCUACCCCCUGGAGCAGUAUGUUGUGACGUCAGAAAAACAAUUCAUACUGCUGUUGGAGAUAAGGAGCAGUCAGAUAAGGCUUGAGAUAAGGAGCAGUGAGAUACAGUUAAACCCCACUUUGUCUUCGUCCCAACCCGCCUUGGGGCAACAGUUAACAGUCACCCUCACCUUCGGAGACCAGCACGACGCCCAACUCACAUGGGAUAACAAGACAGCAGAUCUCACUCCCUUCCUCGACCCCGGAAAGGAAAGCGAGCUGGAGUUAACGCUUAUCAAUGGUACCGUCGCUGUCAACAUUACCCACACUGUGUUUCAGCUGACACCAAGCUGCUUCUCAUCGGAUCAUUUGCUAUUGGUGGUGGUGGUGGUGGUGGUGGUGUGCGGAAUCCUGGUUGGCAUCUGUACAGUAGCCAUGUUCUGUCAAGUAAAGACACCGGCAGACACCCCACACGGCCGAGGUGGCCACCUCUACCAUCACGCACACAAGGUGAUUUCAUGCGCAUUACCAUCACUGAGUUUUGUCGUCGCUUCUCACCCAUCAUACCGGACAGAGACUCGCCUCAGAUUGGUAGUAACAUGGCGGAUACGGUCUCGUCCUCGAGGCAUAUUGAUGUGGAAUACAGCGUGAAGCACUCGGGAGGACUAAUGGUCUGGACUAUCCACAUGGGGCCGGGAAGCUGUGCGUCUCGUGAUCCCUUGUAGUGUCCUCCCUCGUGUACCUCACUGUCUUCCUCCCCCAGACAGAAACCUGCCUCCUAUGUGGAACCUUGCGAAAUUACGCCGCUGAAAUAUGCACUUCAUAUGGCAGAUCUGAGGGCGGAGAAGGAGGCAUGGCAGAGGGAGCAAAGACACAAGAUAAAUGGAAAAUGUUGACAUGUUCUACCACCAAGAGUUAAUGUUGGUCAGCCUCUCACGCUACCUCACCAGGGUCAUGGCCCCCACCCGGGACAUGACGCCUUCCUCUCAACAAUUCCCUCACUUAUUUGAUUAAUUCGGGUAAUUUGUCUAUCUUUAACAGAGUGUCUCAAAAAAUGUCAUAACGAUACAUACACCGACUUACAGAUCAUCGUGGAGAAGGUGUGUGUGUGUGUGUGUGUGUGUGUGUGUGUGUGUGUGUGUGUGUGUUUGUAUUCACUGUCUCACUUGUGAGACCUCACACUUCAUCACUGUCCUCACUUGUGGCAGACCUCACACUUCAUCACUGUCUUCACUUGUGGCAGACCUCACACUUCAUCACUGUCCUCACUUGUGGCACCUCACACUUCAUCACUGUCUUCACUUGUGGCAGACCUCACACUUCAUCACUGUCUUCACUUGUGGCAGACCUCACACUUCAUCACUGUCCUCACUUGUGGCACCUCACACUUCAUCACUGUCUUCCUUGUGGCAGACCUCACACUUCAUCACUGUCCUCACUUGUGGCAGACCUCACACUUCAUCACUGUCCUCACUUGUGGCAGACCUCACACUUCAUCACUGUCCUCCCCUGUGGCAGACCUCACACUUCAUCACUGUCCUCACUUGUGGCACCUCACACUUCAUCACUGUCUUCACUUGUGGCAGACCUCACACUUCAUCACUGUCCUCACUUGUGGCAGACCUCACACUUCACUGUCCUCACUUGUGGCAGACCUCACACUUCAUCACUGUCCUCACUUGUGGCAGACCUCACACUUCAUCACUGUCCUCACUUGUGGCAGACCUCACACUUCAUCACUGUCCUCAC